AUGGUGAAGCUCGACACUGGUGACAGGGGCCAAAUGACUAUUACUGAAUAUACCAGUAAGUUUGAGGAAUUGUGCCGCUUCUCACGCAUCUGUCAGGGAGCUCUUGAGGACUUUGCUGAGAGCAGGGUGGCGGAGGACUGUGUCAGAAGGGUUGUAGCAGAAAAAGGGAGUUUGAGGAUGCCAUUCCAGAGGAUCACAGGGAGAAACUUUGCACCCAGAGACAGACAGUUCAAGCGUGGUGGCUUUGUCCCUCAGAAUAAUCAGGGGCAAGGCAGCUCCAGAAGGCCUAAUACGAGUGCUAAUCAGGGAAGGAGACAGAGAAAGCAGCCACAGCAGGAUAUGAGUUGCCACAGAUGUGGGAAGUAUCAUUUAGGACCAUGCAGGUUUGGGACUGGAGUCUGUUACUCCUGUGGGCAGCCGGGACACUUGGGUAGUAGUUGUCUAGAGAAGAAGAGGUAUGAGACAGGCAGGGUGCAGCAACUAGGAAUGGUAUACACUACUUCUUCAGUAGGCGCUGAGGGGUCAGAGACAUUGAUCAGAGGUAACUAUGAGAUGGCGGGUAAAACUUUGAAUGCUUUGUUUGAUUCUGGAGCUUCACAUGCUUUUAUUACAUUUGAGAAGGCUGAUGAGUUAGGAUUGAAAAUAGUAGUAUUAGGGUAUGAUUUAAAGGUAUAUAAUGCUACCCACGAGGCUAUGGUGACUAGGUUAGGGUGCCCCCAAGUUCCUUUUCGAGUACAAGGGCGUGAUUUCGUGCAUAACUUAAUUUGUUUGCCGAUGACUGGUCUUGAUCUCAUUCUGGGAUUGGACUGGUUAUCCAAGAACCGCGUUCUACUGGAUUACUCUGCAAAAACAGUGUAUUUCAUGCUUGAAGGCACUGAAGGGCCGAUUGUAGUGAAUAACUACUACUUGAAUUCCAUGAUGGUGAACUGUUCUGGGGCUGAAUGUCAGGGGAUAUUUUUGUUAGCUGCGGGUGUUUCGGGUGAUGAUCAGAACUUGGAACAAAUCCCGGUUGUGUGUGAGUUUUCGGAGGUGUUUCCUGAUGAUGUUGAUGAAUUUCCACCAAAACGGGAAGUUGAGUUUGAUAUUGAUUUAGCACAUGGGGCUGGACCAAUCUCGAGUGCUCCUUACAGGAUGUCACCUCUAGAAAUGGCCGAAUUGAAGUCUCAACUGGAGGAUAUGUUGGGUAAGAAUUUUAUCCGACCAAGUGUAUCUCUGUGGGGUGCGCCAGUAUUACUGGGAGCCGGUGUGUUCUCUAAGAUUGAUUUACGAUCCAGAUGCCACCAGAUAAGGGUCAGAGAUGAGGAUAUUCCCAAAACUGCCUUCAGAACGCGCUAUGGUCACUAUGAAUAUACCAUGAUGUCCUUCGGACUAACUAAUGCUCAGGCGAUAUUCAUGGAUUACAUGAACAGAAUUUUCCAUCCAUAUCUGGAUAAGUUUGUUGUUCUGUUUAUUGACGACAUUCUUAUCUAUUCUAAGACCGAGGAUGAGCAUGCAGAACACUUGCAAACAGUGUUACAAAUUCUGAAAGAUAAGAAGGUGUAUGCCAAGCUACCCAAGUGUGAGUUUUGGAAGUCUGAGGUAAAAUUUCUUGGUCAUGUAGUGAGCAAGCAAGGAAUAGUAGUGGAUCCUGCUAAUGUUGAGGUGGUGAUGAAUUGGAGGGCCAACUUCAGUGACGGAAAUAAGGAAUUUCUUAGGCUUGGCUUGUUAUUAUCGAAGGUUCAUCAAAGGGUUUUCACAGCUCACUUUGCCCUUGACCAAGCUGACUAUGAAGGAUGUUCCUUUUUUGAAUGGACUCCCGAGUAUGAGGAGAGUUUCCUUUCCUUAAAGCAGAGAUUGACUACCUCCCCUGUAUUAGUGUUGCCUGAGCCGAGAGAACCAUUCGAGGUGUACUGUGAUGCGUCCUUGAAAGGUUUAGGAUGCGUGUUAAUGCAGUAUCAUAAGCCAUUGUCUUUGCCUUGA